AUGAGCACCUCUACCACCACCACCUCAAGUAUACCUGUGAAGGAUGUAUCCACUAGCAGCAUAAGCACCUCUACCACCACCACCACCACCACCACUAGCAGCUCCGAAGUUGACGCUGCCACAACUACGUCUGCCACCACUAUCACAAGCGCUAAAACAUGGGCCGAUUGGACAUCUUCUGCCACCACCGAAAGCAGCAGUUCCCUUGUUGAUGCAGUGACAAGUUCAACCACUACCAGUGCCGCAAAAUGGUCAGAUUGGGCUAUAUCAAACACCUCCGUCACAUCGACUGAAGAACUUGCCGUUAGUACCACUGUUGAGGAAUCGACCAUGACCUUGACCAUGGGCGUUGGAGAAUCAGCAUCAGUUGUCACCACGACAAUCCGCAUGACUAAGUCAUAUACCGUGACUAGCACAAUUUAUGCCACCAUGACUCGACCAUCAUCUAAACCCGAUACUCCUGGGGAUAUCAAGAAUGUUGCAGCAGAGAGUACAGAGCCGACCACCACUCUGAUCAUGCAAUCCACCAACACCGAGACCAUGACUGUUACGCCAGUAGAGACUGGAAAAGGGGACGAUACUGCAGUGGACGGGAAUGGAUCUGGUAAAGGAGGAGGCGCAUGUGGUGUGUCCUACGUCACUGUCACGGAGAUGGUACAGAGCACCGUUACAGUUACUGCCACACCGAGCGAAUUCAAGCCCGUCAAACCUACAGUUCCAGUGGCGGUCGCUGAUGAAUCCACAACCACGGCCACAUCGUGGCACGGAUUUGGCAACGGCACGCAUACAAUGAUGCAUAAGUUCCCUAGCUCGGGCUUCAUGACCAUGUCCAAGUACGCUACUCCAUCAGGUUGGAGGCCAUGA